AUGUCUUUUAUCAAUGCUGAGAAAGUUAGACACCCGAUCACCAUCAUCAUGAUCUCGAACCCGUCUUCCCCGCCACCAUUCACUGUUGACCAUCAUUAUGCUACGCCCAUUACCGAUCAGGAAGUCUUUCUGGAAUUUCUUUCAGAGACGCAUAACAACAUCCUCGCAUGCUCUCGCAUUCUCCGGAACUACGCUAUCAACUCACUUCCAGACAACCCGACUGAUGAAGCUAUAGAGGCUCGGGUGACAGAAAUUCGUCAUUACCUUACACAGUAUCCUCCCGACAUCCACGUGGUUUCACUUUAUGUGGAGUUGGAUGUCAAGGGGAAGGCCUACAUCGACCGUUCGCUGUUCAUUGCUUGGAUCGCAUUGAAGAACGAGCAUGCUGGAGGGACAAUGACCACCGACAACCUUCCCAGACUCCACCUUCUGACAUUUCUUAUGAAAACUUCGCUGUUGCAUGAAGAAGCCAAGGUGGUGACUGCCAUCUUUGCAGACGGCCCAACUUCCAAAUACAUCAAGGGUAUGGCUGCAGAAGUCGCCCUCACUGGUGAUCAAGGAGAAAUUUGGGCCGUAUUCGAAGCCGGUAUAGGUUGCCUCUAUAACUAUCAGCGCAUGAGCCAUCUGGUGCUCCUUGCUCAAGACCAGUCUAGGCGCUAUAUCACGCAGGAGAAUGUCACGGUGCUUGCCGAUCUUGCAGCAGGAAAGUGGGAGGAAUUCCCUUCUUUUCCCCAGACCCCGCCCGCAGGCGAGUUUCCGAAGCGGUGCGAAGUGUUCGAGGAUUCUACAGCGGCGGAGAGCGAUGAUGACGACGACGAGGAAGAUGCACAGGAUUCGGAGGGAGAAGAAGACAUGCUCAGCCCAGUUUGCUGUAAAAGUAGAAUACGCUAA